AUGCCCAAGCAGCUUCUGUUCGGUCGGACAGAGGAGGCCAAGCGGGCUGACGCAGGGACCGAGGCCCUGGAGGAGCUCUUGACCUUUGACGACCUCUUCCUCGACUACUUCAACCACUACCUGGCCCUGCCCGCCUUCCCGCUGCGACUCAGGUAUGACCGUCUCACGGGCUCCCUGGAGGAGGCGGGGGAGGAGGAGGAUGGGGAGGAGGAGCAGGAGGGGGCAGCGGAUGAAGGGGGCCCGGCCCCGACCCCCCCGUACGGCGCCACCGAGGCACAGAGGGGCCGCAUUCUCGCCUGGCUCCAGUCCCAGCGGCUCCCGCUCUUCCUGCGGUCACGGCUGUGGCUCGAGUUCCGCCUGGGGACGCUGCUGUUGAGGCGCGUGGAUGAGCGUCGCGAGGGGGGGCGCGGGGGGGUGCGCGGCUUCAGCCGCCAGUCGGAGGCGGCCUCUAGCCUGGGCUCCCGCCCCCCCUCGCUGGGCCCGGGGCCCCGCGCCUCCUCCUCGUCGCCCUCACGCCCCUCGUCCCCCCCGGCGUCGUCCCCGUCGGGGCGCGGAGGGAGGGGGACGGGGAGGGGGCCGCGGCUCCCCAGCCGAGCGCGCAGCCUUCCCGACAACUUUGGGCGCGGGGGGAGCUCGCACCUGGGCUGGGGGGACGAUGGGGUCACGGCCGCUCACCUGACCGAGUGGAGGGAUCAGCUGCUCGCCCCGCGGGAGGAGACUCCGGCCCCCGACUCCACGCGCGGCUACGUCGGGGAGGGAGGGGGGCUCUGGCCCCCCACGAGAGGGGCCCCCCCGGAGGGGCCGUGUCUCACCGUGCUGCUCUUCGAAGGGGGCGGCGAGGACGAGGGGGAGGGGUGGAGGCAGGGGGAGGGGGCGGCCCCCGUGCACGACGUCACCUUGCAGGAGGUCAAGGAGCGCACCUUGGGCACGAAGCGCGGCAUGGAUCAGUUCCAGCGCUUCCUGGAGGCCACGCCGGGGCGGCACCUCCUGCAGUUCUGGCUCCAGAGCGAGGAGCUCAACCAGUGCCUGGACGUGGAGCCCGAGGCCGACGGUGACAACGGGGGGAGUGGGGGGCUCGGGGAAGGGCCGUGGGGGGCCCGCAGAGCACGGCAGCUGCACGCCCAACUCUACAGGGACCUGCAGGACUCGCACAAGUUCCACGUCGCCCCGGACGCGCAGGCCCAGCUGGCGGCGUGUGGAGGCCGGGGCGCCUGGCCCGGGCUGCCCCUCCUGGCGGGGGCCCAGUACGCGGCGCUGCGCCGCCUGCGUGUCUACUGGGUGCCACGCUUCCUCGUGCACCGCGAGCGGAGACGACUCCUGGGGUUGAGGCCGGACACGCGACCUUGUGGCCCCGGUGACCUCUGGCCUCAAGUCCCCCACAUCCCCCUGCCUGACCCCGACCCCGCCCCACGAAUCCCCCAUGGCAGCUCUCCGGGCGCCAUGGACGGCCGCGUUGGCUCCGCUCGCUUCGUCUCCGCCUCCCCCUCCGCGCCAGCCCCCCCCCACCUCGCCGAGCCUUUCCUGCUCGUGCUGCGCAUGGACCCCGAGGCGGGGGGUCCCUUCCUGUACUACCUGGCCGAGUGGGAGGACCGAUCCAUGCUGCACCGGCUCCUGCUGUGGCUGGAGGUGGCGCGGCUCGCCGAGGGGGCGGCCCCUGGGCCCUGGGAGCGGCCCAGGGUCAGCGCCCUGGCGGCCUGGGACAUCUACAACACCUACCUGGCUCCCAACGCGCCCUGCAGCACAGGCUGUGAGCCGUGGGACCAGGCAUUGGUAUCUGCACUGCGGGGGGCCUUGCAGGCCGGGCGGGGCGACGAGACCGUGGACCUGGGCAUGUUUGAGGGGGCCCUGAACGAGGCCACGCGCAGCCUGAGCCAGGCCUGGGUCGAGUUCUACCGUCUGGACAUCCACACGUUCCUCCAGUUUUGCGCGGACCUGGGGGACUCCUACGAGGUUCUCUCCGACUCGGAACCCGGCCGCUCCAACAGGAGCAGCGCCAGGAGGAGUGCAGAGGGGACCUCGGGCCCCAGCCGGGUCCGCGGGCGACGCGGGCGAACCCGGCCUCGCCCGCGACCUCCGCGCGAGGCCGGCGCCGCGGAGGAGAGCGGCGUCCACUUCGAUCUGAAGGCGCUGGUGGAGGCCGACGCCGUGCCGCACCUGCGGGCUGUGCUGCACAACAAGAUGAUGCGCGCGGCCUUCGGGAGGUUCUUGAAGGAGACGGAGCCGGCCACGCUACGGCACUGCCUGGGAAUGCUGUCGGCGCUCUGGGACCACCUGGCGGCCCGGGGAGCGCGGGCGAGGCGCUGCGCCCUGACCGCCCUGACCGAGACGUACCUCUCGCCGGCCUCGCGCGCCGUCGUGCCUCUGUCCGACGAGCUGCUGGGCGCGCUGCAGGCCGAGUGCGACCGAUCCGGCGCCGCUGGUCUCACGGACGCCACGGCGUCCCGGGCCGCCGAUGCCCUCGGCGGGAUCCUGUGGCCAUCGCUGAGCUCCUUCUGGGCCGGGAUGAGCUCGGAGCUCAAGCGCCGCGGCGGCGGCGGUGGCGGCGGUGGUGGCGGGGUGGGUUUGGAGGACCCCGAGGCCUGGGAUGGCCUCAUCCGUGGGGCGGCCUCCAUGCUGCUGGCCAGGAGGUGGAGGGCGCGGGCAGGGCCCCUGGGAGGCCGGGCAGCACGGGCCGACCCGAGCGCGGCCGACAAGGCGGCGUUCCGCACUGCGCUGGCGCAAGCCGCAGAGGGUGGCCUCACGCCGGAGCUGCUCGGCUUCCUGCAGCGCCUGCAAGAGCUUGGGGCCGAGGCCGGGCGGCCCCGCGCCGAACGAGACCUCCUCUUCUACCUCGAGGUGCAGAAGUUCAAGAACGCACACCACGCCGACCCCGACCACGUCCUUCUGCGCAAGAAGAUUCGCAUCAUCCUCGACUGCUUCAUCAAAUCUCGCCUCGAGCCCACGCUUCAGGUGGACAUCUCUCCGGAGCAGGCGGAGGCCGUGAGGGCGGCUGCCCAGGCGUGCCUGGCCCGGCCCGAGCAGCUGGCCCCGCGCGUGUUCGACGAGGCCCAGAAUGCAGUCUUCCACGAGCUCCUGCCCUUCUGGGCGGGGUUUGCCCGCGAGGGCCGCAUCCCGCACAGCGCCAGCGGCCUGCCUGAGCCACGGUUGCAGACGGUGCUCAGACAGAGGCUGGCGAUGUUCCGGGAUGCCGCGGCGCCGCCCACCGAGUUCCACCUGCCCAGGGCCUCGCGCUCGGCCCCACGCAACAGCCACGUGCCCUGCACAUACAGCUUCUCCAUGAGCAAGGGCCUCACGCUCAAGAGACCCCGCGGGAGCGAGAAGCGGACCCCGCCGGUCAGCUGAGCCGCGGGGGACGGGGAGAGGGGGGAGGGUGGGAGGUGGGGAACCUCCUCUACUACCGUCCGCGGUGGCCCCUGUGAAGGCGACUCCAUCAACGAGGGAUCUCGUCAAGAGGCACGCGGCGUCAGGAGCUCACGGAGUGGACGUCGAUCCUCAUCCGUGACUCACGACUCCACACCGGGCCUCCUCACGCGUGGGUUCAUCUGGAGGUGGCAGUCGCCCCCGUGAAGAAGGAAUUCCCCCCCCCCCCCAUCGGUAGAGGGGCGGUCUCUGAGGGUUCAUUGACAAUCAGCGAAAGGCGAAUGUAAAUCUAACGCCACGCGCCGCCUGCGUGGGACGCGCGCUCCACACCGGCGAGCGCGGGAGGUUUGAAGCUUCGCAAAUUAAACAAGAAAGACUUCAAAGUGAUGGUCAGGGUGCACUGAUAUAGCGCUUUGGGGACGCCACAGUGACAUUUAACGCGAUCGUCGAAUGCGGUGUCACGGGUCGAGUGCCGUGACAGUAACGACGGUGCGAUCGUCAGGUUUGCCCUGCCGCGGCGUGUCGGUCAUGGGGAUGCGUUUGACCAUACUUCACCACGUUGGAC